GGCAUAGGUUUCAAUGGCAUUAGCCCGAGACCGGUUCUGCAUAUAAAAAGUGCAAAUGUGCCCAUGAUAGAGUACCCCCUUGUAUUGAUUUUUUUUUCCCCCUUCUCCUACUUACAUGUAUGCAUGUAGUUAUCCCUACACAUAAUAAGGUCGAGUGAUGGAGUGAAUAGUACACUUUUGUUAGGUACACAUCACACGCAAACUUCUUACGUAGGCUAUGAAAGGGGUUCGUUUAGGAAUGAGAAAGGGUGCUUGGACUCGGGAAGAAGAUCUCCUUCUUAGGAACUGCAUUCAAAAGUAUGGAGAAGGAGUUUGGCACCAAGUUCCUCUCAGAGCAGGCUUGAACAGAUGUAGAAAAAGCUGUAGAUUGAGGUGGUUGAAUUAUUUGAAGCCAAAUAUAAAGAGAGGAAACUUUACCUUCGAUGAAGUUGAUCUCAUCAUCAAGCUUCAUAAAUUGUUAGGCAACAGAUGGUCGCUAAUAGCAGGCAGACUUCCCGGAAGAACCCCUAAUGAUGUGAAAAACUUUUGGAACACCCACAUGCAUAAGAAAAUGAUAGCUCAAAGAGAGGAGGAACGAGCCAAGGCUCAUAAAAAACCCAUGAAAUAUAAUAACAUCUUCAAACCCCAGCCUAGGACCUUCUCAAGAAACCUACUUUUCCCAAGGGGCAAAAGUUUCAAUACAGAAAACAUUCAAACUGAAGGCAAUUUCCCAAAGGCACCUCCAGCAUCAUUGCUAGGGGAUUGUGGAGCACCACCAUGGUUGGAUGGCGGCGUACUCGACAGUAUGGAAAUGAAUAGUGAAAUUUCAUGGUCCAUGUAUGGCUCAGCUGAUCAAGAGCCCUUUCAAGUGCCGUGGCUGCCUGAAGAACUUACAACGUCAAUGUUGGCGGCUAGUGACAAUUCUGCUGAAGGAGGUCAAAGUGAUUGGAUUGACAAUUUGACUUGUAAUUUGGAUCUCUGGGAUUUUCUUAAAUGAUUGCUUUGAUUAUUAGCUAUAUUUUCAUAUUUUUAAAAUGCUUUUUAGUAUUUUGUACAAGUUAAUUUCCAGGCAAUUAAAGUUGAUUUAGGCAAGCUUUUGUGAA